AUGACAGAUAAUGGUGUUAACUACACACACAACCUUGAGGCCCAAGGAAAUCAGCCUCAGCACGAAGAUUCAAUUAGUGUUACCCGCAGUAAGGGGAACGAGGCCACACCAGUCCACGGCAGGCGGUACCCGCGACAUGUUCGGGAGGCGACUCCUAAUAAUGCGGAAGAAGAGUCGUUGAAGCGGAUUGCACAAGGAGAGUCUGAGUUGCUGCGAGAAUUUGUAACCCAGUUCCAGAAGGAAAGGAUAUUGCUCCCGGCCAUUCCGGAUGAAUGGGCCUCUGAAGCAUUCACCAAGGCAUUGGUUAAAGGUCGGGAGAAGAAUAAAGAGAAAUCAAAAGACGAUUUUGACACAGAUAGACGGUCUUCGAGGAGCCGGGUUUUGCCUUAUGAACGGGCCGAUGGAUGCGGCACAAGCUUCCAAUAUGCAUAUAGGUUUGUUACUGAUAGAAGGAUUGAUCGCGGCCGGAACAACAGGUCGUUACAGGACAAGGAAACGUCAGGUUCUCGAGACCCUUCCUACCCCAGACUUUCAGAAUACAACUUUAACGUCAGCAUGGUACAGUUAGUAUCAGCUAUGAAGAACAUUAAAGAAGCACGGUUCCUAAAGUCUAUGAGGUCCGAUCCAAGCCAGAGGGAUCCUAAUUUAUGGUGUGAAUACCACGGGAUGAACAGUCACCGGACUGGGGACUGCCGGCAUCCGCACGAAGAAGUGGCGAUACUGCUGAAAAAUGGCCAUCUCAGGGAGUUCCUAAGUGACCGAGCCAAGAACAAUCACAGUCGCAAUCAUGACAACAUGGAUCCCUCAAAAGCAGGAGAAGAUCCCCCACGCCUGACGAUCAAUAUGAUUUUUAAGGGGAACGAGAUUAACAGGGUUACCUUUUCGGCAGCAAAAAAAGAUGAAGUGGAUCUAGGGUGUUCGGCCAAUAUUAUACAAUGGAGGGUAUUGGAACAAUCCAAACUUACUGGAAGCAUCAUUCAGGCCACAAAACUUCUCGCCGGGUUCAAUAUACCAAGCGUGACAACCCGAGGAAAAAUCAUGUUGUCCACGGACGCCGAGGGGGUGAUGAAGACGACCCUUUUCCAGGUGGUGGAUGGUGAUAUGGGCUACAACAUUAUCCUGGGAAUACCAUGGUUGCACGAGAUGAAGGUUGUACUAUCAACGUAUCACCAGUUGCUGAAAUUCCCAACUCCUGAGGGGAUUAAACAAAUAAAAGGCGAUCAACCGGUGGCAAGAGAGAUGAAUGUGAUUUCGGUAUCCAGUAGCAAAGAGAAGGAGCAUGCGGCAUAG